AGCUGAGCCGUCCUUUGAUGCUUUUAUUUUGUUUUAUACGAUAGAAUUUGUGGGAUUUGAGCUCACAUCCUUCCAUAGCUGAGAGGGUAAGGACAAAGACGGGGUCAUGCGCACUCUCUUGGCUCUGUGCUUGGCCUCGCUCCCGGCCCUGUUCUGGGCUUCGCUGUUCUUAGAGAGGGAAGGCAGCGGCUCGGCCAUCUGUAAAGCGGCGCCGCACUGGGAGAUCGAUGGACGCUCCCCCAUGAAGGAGCUGCUGGGAAACGUGGUGGUGGUAGCACUGCUGAAAGCCAGCUGACAUUUCUGCCUCACGCAGGCCGCUAAGCUGGGAAAACUGCGUGAUAAGCUGGCGCGGGGAAACCUGACCAGCGUGGCCUUUCUGAUCGUGAACGACCAGGACGCUCACUCCAGAGCCAUGUACUGGGAGCUGAAGAGACGGACGGCACAAGACAUCCCCGUGUACCAGCAGAGCCCGCUGAACCCCGACAUCUGGUACACGCUGGAUGGGGACAAGGACGACUUCUUAGUCUACGAUCGAUGCGGCCUCCUGACGUUUCACAUCGUCCUGCCGUACAGUUUCCUGCACUACCCCUACGUGGAGGCGGCCAUCAGAGCCACGUACCAGCAAAACAACUGUAACUGCACGGUAACAACGGGUAACACGCCUGCAGAAAGAGGUUUUGAGCAAAACAUGACCGCAAUAGAAGAAGAAUUCCCCGUGCGCAAUGAUAAUCAUCACCACCAUCAUCACCCUCAUGAUCAACAUCAACAACUUCAUCAUCAAGACAACCAGAGUGGCUCCUCCCAAAAAAAAGGCUCUGACGACGCCACGUCAAGCUCGCACUCGCAUGACACGGAACACGAACAACCUGUAAUCAUGCAAACACACACUUAAGCCAAAGACAUCAUUUUAAUUUUCAUUUCAGAACCACGCUUUUAAAUAUCUUAUGGAACAAGCGAGGCAUAAUUACAUACUGUUUCUUUACUGGAGCUGCGAUGCUAAAUCAGCUAACUACUGCGCAAAGCAUAUAGCUACUAGAUUAGCGUGGUACAAUUUCUGACACUUUUUUGCUAAACGCAGUCGUAGGGCAGUCUGGAAAUCAAAUUACAGGAAAUGAGUUAAUCCGUUAAUAAUCCGUACGGGUAUUUACAUCAAGAUUGAGUUUUUAAAUUACGCAACAGUUUAACGAACAUUCAGCAAAAGGUAUUAGUUUCAUAUUAUUUGAACCUUAAAAGACAAAUCGGCAAACUGGGCAAAAGUAAUGGCACCCUAUGAAAGGUUAAAUAAGAUAGCAGGUAAGACAUGUUGUGUUUAUUUUAUACCAGCAAAGCAGGAAAUCAAACACACGCAAAUUCGAUUGGCAAACCGUGUAGAACAGGACAAGCAGAAACCAGAAAAGAAAAUUAAGUCAAAACACAAUCGCGGUAAAUAAGGCUUGAUAACGUCCUGAUAAACUCCUGGGAGCGAAUACUUCGCAAAAUCUGAUGGAGUGUCUCCGGUAGCUGAAGAGCUGUGGUGGCUGAGCUGCAUUAUUGGAAGACUUUGCUUUCACUCUGCAUCUAGAGGGCGCUCUUUCUCACUUUGUUCAUUUUCAUAUUUUGUAUCUGAGCUUUAUAGAGUUGAGUGGGUGUGGCUACUACUAUAGUAAUGAGCCUUUUCAUGAACACUAUUGUUCAUAAUCUCUGUUCAAAUUUAUUAACAUGUGCUUUUGAGUUCGAAGAAAAUCAACGUCAAUGAAAUCUACGGUUAAGACCAGUGCUUUAUAGAGAGCUAACUUUAAAGCCAGGUUUCCUUAUGUGUUAGCAAAAAAAAAAACAUCUAAACAAAUAACUAUAUUUGUGAUAAAGGAAAAUGUGCUUUUCCUGUAGUUAAUUUAGUUCGUAAACACUCGUGGUCCAGUGUAUUUUCUCAGCACGUCUCUGACCAGCUUUCAGACGGAGAGCCGUCGCCAAUAGAUCGUUGUAAAACGUGCGUUCCUCUUGGGUUCCUCUUUGUUGCUCUUAAUGAAGCUUGCACGUCAAACCCGGCCUGGGUGUGUGCAAGCAGAUGCUGAGCCGAGGAGAAAUCACGUGGAGCACCAACACACCUUCUGUCCAAGAUGGCUGCCCAUGAGGGCUGAGGUUUCCUCCAGGGACACCGAAUCAUCGACGUUCUGCGAUGUGUGUUUGACUGAACGAGGAGCUUAAUAUACUGGUUUAUACGAGGCAGAUCUCUUAUAUGGUAAUAUGGAAUAAUCUAAAGAUGUUAGAUUGUUUUUUAACCAUGAAAAAAACUGUUAAUAAGUUAAACUUAAUGUUAAAUAGUGAAUCAUGUCCUGUACUCACAUUUUUUCCCCUUAAUAAAAUAUUA